AGGAGAGGCUGGAGCAGGCAGCGGUGUCUCGCUUGACACAUACACAGUACACGUAACAUAGGCCAGAUACCGAUCAGCAGCAGCGCAAGAGCAAGACAUGCCACAAUAACACAGUAACAAAGCGGAGAAAGGCCGCCGGAGUGCGAAGUAGACGAGCUCGGUUGCAGCUGCUCAGGAAUGUCCACCGUGCAGCCCUGAGGAGAAAAUGAAGCGCAAGAGCGAGAGGAGACGAGCCGAGUCGAGGAAAAAGCGCUGUGCAGCUCACAGCAGCUCAGAGGCGGCGCCAAACUCUGAUAUUUACAUUGAGAUAACAGACCAACUAUAUUUCGCCAUACUUAAGCAAAAGAUCAAGAGCACAGCCGAACGACACUGUUUCUGCAUAGACGAAGAGCUGGCAUAUGAGAACUUCUAUGCAGACUUUGGUCCCCUUAACCUGGCCAUGUUUUAUCGCUUUUCUUGCAAGCUGACAAAGAAGCUCAAGUCCAUUACACUGUCAAGGAAGAAAAUCGUGUUUUAUACCUGUGGAGAUCAGAAGAAACAAGUCAAUGCUGCCUACCUAAUUGGCUCAUAUGCAGUAAUGAAUCUAAACAUGAUGCCAGAGGAUGCCUACAGUCUCCUGGUGUCAAGGAAUUCAACAUAUAUUCCAUUCAGAGAUGCUUCGUUUGGAACCUGCAUGUACAAUCUGAACAUCCUCGAUUGCCUUCGUGCCGUACACAAGGCUCUGCAGUACGGCUGGCUCGACUUCUCUAACUUUGACGUGGAAGAAUAUGAGCAUUAUGAGAGAGCAGAAAAUGGAGACUUGAACUGGAUCAUUCCAGGAAAGUUCCUUGCGUUCAGUGGGCCUCAUCCAAAAAGCAAAAUAGAGAAUGGCUACCCUUUGCAUGCUCCAGAGGCCUACAUCCCAUACUUCAGGAAUCAUAACAUCACCACUAUUAUCCGACUCAACAAGAAGAUGUACGAUGCCAGGCGGUUCACAGAGUCUGGCUUUGAGCAUCAAGAUCUGUUCUUUGUGGACGGGAGUACACCAAACGACUCCAUCGUCAGAAAGUUCCUCAACAUCUGUGAGAAUGCAGAAGGAGCCAUUGCUGUCCACUGCAAAGCUGGUCUGGGGAGGACUGGAACCCUGAUUGGCUGCUAUAUGAUGAAGCAUUACCGCCUGACUGCUGCAGAAGCCAUUGCCUGGAUACGGAUCUGCCGACCAGGAUCCAUCAUUGGACCUCAGCAGAACUUUGUUGAAGAGAAGCAGAACAGUCUGUGGGCGGAGGGAGAUGUUUUCCGGGAGAAGAUGCAAAAUGAGCGUGAGAAUGGCAAGGUGGCUGUAACCAGGAUCCUGUCUGGAGUGGAUGACAUAACCAUCAAUGGGAGCAACAAGAACAGGCCAUCCAAGAAAGAAGAAAUGGAACUGUACAAUGAUGAAGAGGACAGAAAUGGCCUUACACAGGGUGAUAAACUGCGAGCCCUGAAGAGCAAGAGGCAGGCCAGAUCGUCCUCGGGUUCACUAUCACAAGAAGAGAAUAAGAUUCACACCAGGUCAUCAUCACAGUCACUAAGCACGGUCAUCUUGCAGGCCAGUGUUCAGGACUGUAUGGCCAGCGUCCACCCCUUGGCUCUGUCUGAUCACUCGGACAGUAGGAAGAGGACCAGAACCUCACUGCCAGCCAACGGAGUAGGAGGAAGCUCCCUGUGCCACACCAGACUGGUCAGGUCCCUAGGCAACUUGCAUGUAGUGGCUGGCGACAGAGACCCAAUGUGUUGUGAGCCAUGUGGCAGCCAUAGAGACGCAGCCAGUGCCACAGCCAACACAGGCACUCUCAUCAACUUAAACAUGGCAAGGGUCCACCUGCAGGCGCACUGUCUCCAGAGGAUGUAAAGCUCACAGCUCUUUGCAAUCAAUUCGAUUUUCCAGGCUAUGUCACUCCAUACCCAAAGCUAGAGCACCUCUACUUCGGUGAGCCUGCGGAACUGGGAAUCUUGAGGAAUUUCACAUUAAAUCCAACUUCUAUACAGCAAACAAAACUGUUGGAACAAACUUUAACCAACGUGAUGUAACAUGUAAAUCAUUUAUAGAAUGUUUGCUUCAAAGUUAUUUUACCUGUUAAGGCACUUUGUUUUGUUUUUAAAACGGCAUCAUGAAACAAAUUAACUUUUAAUCAUUGACUGGUUAUUCCUACUUAUUAAAGCAUGAAGUAGCAAACAUCAGAUUGGACUGGCUUGUGAAUAUCUAAAUCCAAGUUAUUCCUCCAAAAUGAACACUGAUGAUAUUCUGGUUCUUAUGAUGUGAGAAUCUCAUUCAGUUUAAAAAAUGUGAAUGGAUUUGGCCAGAAGUUAGGAAUAAAAAGCUUCUCUUUGUUCUCCAUGGCACAAAGGUGUGUUUACUUGGAUGUAGAAACAAGUCUGUUUUGGCAAGAAUUCCCAUCACAAGACAAAGAACUGUGCACAUUUGUACCUCCAUUCUCAAUAUCUGGCUAGUCAUGUAUUCCUUUUCAUUUACUUAAGCUUUUCAGCCCUUGUAUUUCAAGAAUGUAAAUAUGUCAACAUUUGAUAUACUCAGUUUGUAUUUUUUAAAUUUUUGUACUGUUUGAAUCAUGCUAUAAUUAGUCAGUGGUCCUAAAGGGACCUUGUCCAAUUCAUGUUCAUAAUCCACUAAAGACAUUUGCUUGAAGCACAGAAGCAACUUUUUAAAUAAAAUUAUACUCAAGUAAGUCUCUUCA